GAGAGAGAGAGAGAGAGAGAGAGAGAGAGAGAGAGAGAGAGAGAGAGAGAGAGAGAGAGAGAGAGAGAUGGUGCAUUUUGUGUUAGUACAUGGUGCAUGCCAUGGAGCAUGGAGUUGGCACAAGGUUAAGGCAUUGUUGGAGAGUGAAGGACAUCGAGUGACGGCGAUAGACCUUGCAGCUUCAGGGAUCAACAUGAGGAAAAUAGAUGAGGUACGUACCAUUGCUGACUACACACAACCUUUGAUGGAGUUCAUGGCCUCACUUCCUUCAGGAGGAGAGAAGGUAACACUAGUUGGACACAGCUUGGGUGGCCUCAACUUGGCUCUUGCCAUGGAAAGUUUCCCUCAUAAGAUAUCUGCAUCUGUCUUUCUUACUGCUUUCAUGCCCGAUUCUACACAUCCCCCCUCCUAUGUCUUCGAUCAGUUUUCGAAGCGGAUCUCAGCAGAAUAUUGGUCAGAUACACAGUUUUCAUCCGUUCUGGACCCCUUGAAGCCAACCACUACAAUGUUUUUUGGCCCAAAGUUCUUGGCCUCCAAGCUCUAUCAACUCUGUCCUUCACAGGAUUUGGCACUAGCAAUGUUGCUAAUAAGGCCAGGAUCCUUGUUCCUAGAAGAUCUAUCAAAGGGGAAGGCAUUCUCUGAAGUGGGAUUUGGAUCUGUUAAUCGAAUUUACAUUGUUUGCAAGAAGGACUUAGGAAUUACGGUGGAAUUCCAGCGUUGGAUGAUUGAAAAUAAUCCAGUUAAAGAGGUAAUGGAGGUCGAAGAUGCGGGUCAUAUGCCUAUGCUAUCAAAGCCCAAUGAACUGUGUUGUUGUUUGUUGGAAAUUGGCCAAAAAUAUACCUAAUUGAUUUUAGUCUUGUAC